UUCGAUUUUGAAAGGGCAUCGGUCAAAAAAGAAAAAGGGAAUAAUAUGAAAGGAAGAGGGUUAGAAGAAGUCGAAUAAAUCAUACAACAAAUCAAUUGUUCAUCUCUUCUCUACUCAUUUCCUUGAACCGUAAAUCCGCAUCAAUUACAAUUAUAUCAAAUCCACGUUUCUUCUGUUUCUGCUCCAAAAAGGUCCCCCAAAAAGAAAAAAAUAAAAUAAAAAUAAAAACCAUUCUUUCAAUCCAUUUCAAAGCAUCAUCGCCUAAAUUCAAGCUCCAAAGUAUAUUAAUCGUUACUCUCUUCGCUUCAUUAAAAUCUUAAUUACCAUGGGGAAGCGCAAGCGAGGCUCUGAUCAGACCCACCACGAUCCUCCUCUUCAUCUCUCCGGUAUGGUUCCUUUUUCCAAUCAAACGGAUGUUCGGUCGGAAGAGGAUACGAGUCUUGCCCGUCCAAUAUUCAUGAAACGUUCACGUCAUCACUAUAGCCAUCAAUAUUGUCGGCGAGGUUCAACCAGUCAAGCAAAUGCAUCUACGUCCCGUGAAAAUCGAGUCAGAACUGUCCUUGAGGAACGACCCGCUUUCAAAUUUGCUGCUCAUUGCAACUCAGAGUUUCCAGACCGUAUAGAGAGCAUUGAGAGCACCUUUAGGGGGCCAGAACGGAUAAGGUACAAUUCCUUGGGGAAGGAUGCUAUUUCAUCUCAUUUAAUGAGAAUGGUAUGUGGGAUUUGCCAGAAGCUGAUGAGACGAAAGCUUUGCUUUCUAGGGAACACACUUUCUUCUAGUGAACUUCCGGUUGCUGCGGUUUUAGUUUGUGGCCAUGUCUAUCAUGCAGAAUGUCUGGAGAACAGGUCAAGUGUGGAAGAUAGAAGCGACCCACCUUGUCCAUUGUGCACGAAACUGCCUCCUGAAGUCGACGAUUCGAAAGGAGGAGAACAAGAAUGAGUUGAGUUGUACAUAUGUUAUCACAUAGCACCAACAUAGGAAAUAGAGAACUUGGUUCUGACUUGAAUGGGCAUCUUGAAAAGUGGAGUUUUUGCAUCCUCGACUGAUUUUCCAAACUAAUCAAUCACUGUUUUUUCUGGGUGGCUGUGAUUUAGAAACAGAAAAUAGUAACUUUGAAUCACAACCAUUCAGAAAAUAGGAUAAUGGGUCAAAAGGUAAUGAGGAUUUUCCCUCCUUAGAUUUCUUUUUGUGUAGAACUAGAUUAACAUAUGGAAAUCUUUUGCUACCUUGUGGGAAUAUUGUUAUCUUGCAUAGCAGCAGAGGAUUUUAGUUGAGACAUCUUCAUGGUAUUUUGUACUUCUUAUUACAUCAAUGUUUAAAAUCGUAUAGUUUAGAAA